AGAGGAAAUGAAAGUGAAACUAGCUACAGCUCAUCCACCCUUGGACAGAUAAAGAUUGUGUCGCUGCUGUGUUACUCAGUCAAACUGCUCGUCCGGCUCUUCAUGGCCAUGUUUAACUUCAACCUGCUUUAUUCUGCGUAUGGGUGGUUUCGGCGCACAAUGUGUUUCUUUUGGCGCUUCACGAAAAGAAUAUUCAAUCCUAUAUACGAAUAUUUAUUUGUACGCAUACCCUGGCGAAAGGGCACCGGAAGCCAAGCGGAGCUUGAAGUAAACGCCGAAGACAUUCCUACGGAGAGACGUUUCUCAGACCAGGACGAGGAGUCUCACAGCCCUGAGGGUCAACAUGAGGCUGCCUGCAGAGAGAGGACCGCGGACUCCCACCGGGAGCUCACCUGCAAGCGGCCGAGGUUUGAGGAAGACGGCGACGAGUAUCGAGUUGAACCCACGGACGAGUUGUACUGUGGUUAUGACUCGACAUGGGAGACCGAGGAGCCUCAGAGGGGAAAGGUCACGAGGACCAAACGACCAGCAGUGUAUAAUUACAUGUUCGACAGAUUUGAAAACGCCGCAAAAGACAUGCAGAACUACAGGCAUGACUACCCUUCUCCGGUCAGGCAGCAACGCAGGAAUCAAGUAUCUGACGCCAAGCCUAAUCUGCAGUUCUACCUCGGAAUGAAGUGCUCAGUACCUGACGGUGUCUAUAUAGAUGGUUUCCACACAGACUGGUAUGGCCAGUAUAACAGCCUGGAGUCUGUACACUCCUACAUUCAGUGGUUGUUCCCACUGCAGGAACCAGGGAUGAACUAUGAGGCCAGUACACUGACAAAAGAAGAAAUAACGGAGUUUUGUCAAAGCAACACCGCGAAGGCGAACCUGGUGAAGUCGUACAAGCUCAUGUUGGACUUCUACGGUAUCGAGUUGUGUGAUGAAGAAACCGGAGAAGUCAAGAGAGCAUUUAACUGGAGAGACCGAUUCAACAACCUCAACAGCCGAUUGCAUAACAACCUGCGCAUCACCCGCAUCCUGAAGUGCCUGGGAACCCUUGGGUACCGUCACUAUCAAGCCCCCCUGGUCCGCUUCUUCCUGGAGGAGACGCUCGUCCACGGGCAACUCCCAGAUGUCAAGAUCAGUGUUCUCAACUACUUUUUGUUCGCCGUCCUCGAUAAGAGAGAACGCAGGAGUCUCAUCAAGUUUGCCUAUUUUCGCUAUGACCGUAAAGAGGAGUUUGUAUGGUGCCCCAAGAAGAUUCAAACGAUAUGGUCACAGCAGGGAAUCUAAGGCAGGAAAGAGGCUUGUGAGCUCGACCUGAAUCGUGUGAGUCUGUACAAUGAAGACAAAAGCCAGGAUGGAGAAAAUUAAGCUGAGACAGCAUAAUCUGCUAAUGUAUACUCUUACUAUACAGCAUGUACGGCAUACAGAUCGUCACAGAUACAGGAAGAGGAAAUGAUUCGAUACAUGAUAUUGGUUGUCAAUCAGACCGCUUCACAAAUAGACACAAACAUGUUUUUUUUUUCUAGUUUGUAGUUUGGAUUUGGGACACGCCUUGUGCAGAUUAAAUAUCCAGCCCUGAAGAAAAUGUCACAGAGAUUCAAAGCUGCAAAGGUAGACUAGACAGGGGGCAGUGACGAUUCAUUAUUAUCCAGCGAUGUAGAGACCGAUGCAAAUACUGGCUGAUCUUCCUCAGUAGUCCAUGCAGUGGUUUAUUGUGCAAUUAUGUAUGCAAAUAUUUUUGUUUACUUUAAUUCUCACAAUUAGGUUUCUGGACUUCUAUUCUUGUGUUAUUCAGUUUCAUUCUCUCUCUCUCUUUAAUCUUGAAUUUCACAAAGAAAAAGAUGCAAUAUUCUGACCUGUAAAAAGGUCAAUUGUAAUAAAAGAGCUUCUGUCAGCUUGUGGAUAAGUAGGGCAAAUGAAGAAUUUAAAGGAAUUGCUCACCAGUUUGUGGUUAAUAAACUGUAAACAAUU